GCAUCAGUGUGUGGGCCUUGCGUAGAUAUAACGCUGGUGCCUCGGCCAAGUUCAAAGAUCAAUUGUCACUGCUGUAAAUCUACCAAUUCAUCAAAUAAUUGCCACGUAAUUGUGGUUAACGCAAUGAAAGAUAAUUUUCCUGCCAGUAAUUGAUGGCAUUUUUACGUAGCGUGUCAGGAUCAUAUCAGGAUACCGAAAUUAAUUUGAAUGCGAAAAACAAACGAUAAACAGUUGCUGAACUUUCAAUCCAAGGACCAAGGACGACUUGUAUAAUUAUUGUCAAUUACCUGUUUUCACCUCUCACUUGUUAUGAGACCUGCAUGCCUGACUAGCUGUAUCAGUCCUAAGGGUCCUAAGUUAAGACCGUUUGUAUAAGGUCCUAAGUAUCAACAAAUGCAUGUACAAUUGACGAAUAAAAAACCGUUUGCUCAUAAAUAAUAAACAGAUUUGUAGUUAUGCGUGUGGUAUAUAUUCAGUUCAUUGAUAGCCAAGCACGUUGAGUAUCUUAUCUCUGAUUGACCUUGAAGUGUUGCCAUUCUAAGGCCAAAUAAAAACUGACAAUCAGCAACUAAAAAUUUUGAGUGUAACUGGUAACUCAACAAUCAAGAUAUGUCACCCGAGGAACUACGUCUUCCAAUGCCAUGGGGUCACAUAGCAGCCAAGGCAUGGGGUUCACCUAAUGGCAAGCCUGUUUUGAUGGUUCAUGGACUUCUGGACAAUGCAGGAUCAUUUGAUCGCCUGAUUCCAUUUCUACCAUUCGAUUAUUACUUUGUCUGCAUUGAUUUACCGGGCCAUGGAUUAUCGUCACACUUCCCUGCAGGAUUACCCCUGGAUUAUUUAAAUCACGUUUUAGCUCUUCGCAGAGUCUUAGAUAGUCUUAAAUGGAGCAACUGUAUCUAUAUAGGUCAUAGUUUAGGCGCGACUAUGGGACUGAUGUUCACCUCAAUUUAUCCUGAGAGAGUAAAGAAAAUUUUGUGUUUUGACGCAGUUACUGCUACGCCAAUUACAAACAAUAGACUAAUUCCCCACAUUCGGAAGGUACAUGACAAUAUUUUGAGCAUUGAAGGGAAAGAAAAGACUAUGAAAGUAUAUACCGAGGACGAAGUGAUGUACAUGCUCAUGUAUACAAGAUUCUUUGCUCUAAAUUUUGCUGCUGCUGAAGCUUUGAUGAAGCGAUCUGUUACCAAAAUUGGUGAUAAAUACAAGUUAAACCGCGACGUACGACUCAACGCCGGCUUGUUUCCGGUAUUUAAUUCUGAUCAACACUUGAGUUUACUUGAGAAACUCAAAUCACCUGCGACAGUCAUUGCCGCAACAGCAACAAUGGCUACAGCUCAUUAUGAAAAAAUGUUAUGGCUUAGUUCAGAUAGGUUGACGAAAUCACACAGGUUUCUAAUAGUUGAAGGUAAUCAUGACGUACACAAUAAUCACCCUGAGAAAGUUGCUUCUCACGUAUGCCAAUUUUUGAGUGAUCUUAAGAGCAAUUUGUGAUCUACGUAGCUCUUAGUUAAUCUCAAUUCACAUGGAAACAUGUACGAUUUGAUUAAAAAUAAACAAAAAAAUAAUCUAUAUUAAUUUAAAUUCUGUUUCUAUUACGUUUCUACACGUCAAAAUCAAUUUAGGGUAUGGAUUAUAAAUUACUUAAAAGUAUGAUUGUAAUAUAUUGUGUAGUCAAAUUAAAGGAAAAAUGUAAUUUAAAAUGUAAUAAGCUUUUUUGCUCUCUUGACGGUUAAAAUAUACAGUAAAAGUAGGUGAAUGGUAAAUAUGUGGUGGGAAUCAUUGGAGGAAAUUCUAAUAAACUUGAUAAAUGCAAAA